ACUGAAGAUUUUGUAGGUGCAUAAAAAAAACACAAAAAAACGGCUGAUGUGUUAGGGACACGUGAGCUGCUUACUGUGGUAUCGAGCGCAUCUUAUUACAGCUCUAAAAACGGAGAAACCCUACGUCCUCACUUCGCAAACCCUAAUCCACGUUACCUUCCCGCCUCAGUCUUCCUUCUACAAUCGAUCUUGCUUUCUAGGGCACUCAUUUUGCUGAAAAAUGCCGUUCAAGAGAUACGUGGAGAUCGGAAGGGUCGCUCUCGUCAACUACGGGAAGGACUACGGACAGCUCGUCGUCAUUGUCGACGUCAUCGAUCAAAACAGGGCUCUUGUUGAUGCCCCUGAUAUGGUGCGGACACAAAUGAAUUUCAAGAGGCUUUCACUCACUGAUAUCAAGAUUGACAUCAACAGGGUUCCAAAGAAGAAGACUCUAAUUGCCGCCAUGGAGGCUGCUGAUGUCAAGAACAAGUGGGAGAACAGCUCUUGGGGCAGGAAGCUUAUUGUGCGAAAGAGAAGGGCUGCUCUUAAUGAUUUUGAUAGGUUCAAGCUUAUGCUAGCAAAAAUCAAGAGAGCUGGAGUUGUGAGGCAGGAACUUGCAAAGCUUAAGAAGCAGAGCACAGCCUAGUAUCUUUCUGACCUGGAGUACUUUGCGAGUUGUGUUGGUACCUGCAUUUUGCAUCAGUUGUCCAUCAACUUACGAAUUAAUCAAAGGAAGAGAGAAAGCCUGCAGUACUUUUUGAUUUUGUUACGGUUGUCGGACUCCAUUUGAAGCUAUUAUUGUUAUUCAGUUUUCGGUGUUUUGAAUAUUCUCACUCCUUUUGAAUCAAGUAUUUUGAGUCCUCUA